AAAAAUACAUCAUUUAAAAUGCCAAAUAUUUCAAAAUCCAACAAUUUUAAUUUAAAUCAACAUUUAAUAAUAACUUCUUUAUUAUUAAUUAACCUAACAAUAUUUAUAUCAGCAAAUUAUGACGAUAUUGAAAAUAAUUUAGCAGAAAUUAAGCAAUUAUGCCAACAAUUCCCUAAUUUGGCUGAAUGCCGAAUUUUAUCGCCGCCAGUGCAGAUGGAAAAACGUAAAUCAGCAUACAUGCGGCUUGGAAAACGGAAAAGUGCUUAUAUGAGGUAUUUGAUAUUUUUAUAG